CAUGUGGAGCACGUACCUUCUUGUGCCGCAAUCACUGACGAAAGAUCGCCCCGACCUUUCCGCCUACCAGUUGGGAGUCGGUGCAGAGUUCAAAUAGUUGCGUUGGCCUCACGCACACACACCCCAACCGCAACAUGUCUGCGCAUCCUGAUCUCUAUCGUUCCGGAAACACCACCAACGGGGGUGGUUGGGACAAAGUGCGACCCCAGGACAUCUCCGAGGACAGUGGCGGUAACGUCCACCCUGGGAAGAAGGGAAUGUCGUGCUUCAACAAGAUGCAGAGUGGCUUCAAGCCCACGAGUACUUGGGUUCUGCGUUCGACUACGUCGCUCCCCACUGGUCUCUCAGCGGUCAGAGACGGCGGAGCUCACUACGUGAUCGCCCCGGUCUCCGUCAUGCCGAUGACCACCUACAAGACGCACCUCGCGAGCCUGAACCAUCUCACGGUUCGGUACGACAAACUGAACACGGUGCAGUCAGGCGUCGAGGCUAUCCCGAGGACGUCCACGCACGCGAGCAAGAGCGUCCAGUUCGUCGCCAACGCGCUCUUGACCGUGUACCACGAGCAGACCGCCAUCCCCGACUGGGACGCGAACGACUACGCGUGCGUCGCCUCGCUCGCGAUGUCCCUCGAGUCUGGCGAGAUCCAGCUGUCGGACGUCUCGUGGAAGGAGGGAGCCGAGGAGACGAAGAGCCAGUACCUCGUCGCGCAGGCCAUCGGGGCGUUCAUCCACGCCGAGCGCACCUCGCGGGCCCCUCUUUCGGAGGACGAGCACGACGAGAUGCCGAACGACCAUGCUGUACUGAUGUCGGCGCUGAACCUCGACGACUCGUCCAACCCCCUUGAGACUGUGAUGACGGCGGUUCAAGUUCAGGGAUCGGGGUGACGUGGUAUCAUCCAAACAGGAGGGUUUGUGACGUGAAUCGUAGCGAUGUCGGAUGGAGGCUGAAGUGAAACAUUGUGUGUUAGUCUGUGCUCUAGUCGUCUAGCCUGACUGGCGAAUGUGAUCAACGUGCAUCUAGCUAUGUUUCCCCCUUUCAAAUUCGCA